UUGGGAAGCACCCAUUUCUUCCAUUUCACAAAGUUGAUGAUCAAAGUUUGGAGCUUUUCCUUCUUCUCCUCUAUUCUGGGUUAGUACUUCGCUUCACUUUCAUGGGCUCACUGCAAUUCCCCAUUUCUUUGGAGACUUUAGAUUCUUCCAAAAAGUUCAAUUCUUUUUGCUACAGUAGAGCUUCUCUUGUUGUUAAUUCUUUGAACAGGGUUAAUGCUAUUAAGGUCAACCGGUUCCAGUCUGAGUUGAAUGUGGCUGAGAGUUUAAAUGAGCAAAACCCAGAUUGCUCAAGACAUGAAAUUGGGAAGGGGAUUAGUGGCACAAAGAGAUUGAGUAAGAGAGAAGUGGGUUUGAGGUCUAGUUCAAGAAAGAGUAAGUGGGUUAGGAAAUUGGAGAAUGUGUUUGUGAAUGAUGGUGAAUUUGAUGUUGAUUACUCUGUUAUCAAGUCUGACAUGAGCUUAGAGCAUUGUAAUGAUAUUUUGAAAAGGCUAGAGAGGUCUAGUGAUUUCAAGACUCUCAAGUUUUUUGAGUGGAUGAGAAUCAAUGGGAAACUCAAAGGCAAUGUUAGUGCUUUUAACUCGGUUUUCCGUGUGUUGGGUAGGAGAGAAAAUUGGGAUGCAGCUGAGAAUUUGAUUCAGGAAAUGGUUACUGAAUUUGGGUGUGAACUGAAUUAUCAGGUCUUCAAUACCCUUAUUUAUGCAUGUAGUAAGUUGGGGCGUGUGGAGUUAGGAGCUAAGUGGUUUGCAAUGAUGCUCGAAUAUGGAGUCCAGCCUAAUGUUGCGACAUUUGGUAUGCUGAUGGCGUUGUACCAGAAGGGCUGGAAUGUUGAGGAAGCGGAGUUCACUUUUUCUCGAAUGAGGAACUUUGGGAUUGUUUGUCAAUCUGCAUACUCGGCAAUGAUCACAAUUUAUACUCGUAUGAGUCUGUAUGAGAGAGCAGAAGAGAUCAUUGGCUUAAUGAAAGAAGAUGGAGUGAUACCGAAUUUGGAUAACUGGUUGGUAGUGAUUAAUGCUUAUUGUCAGCAGGGAAAAGUGGAAGCUGCUGAACUAGGAGUAGUCUCCAUGAAAGAAGCAGGGUUUUCUCCAAACAUAGUUGCGUAUAAUACAUUGAUAACCGGAUAUGGGAAGGCAUCUAAAAUGGACGCUGCUCAUCACCUAUUUCUAGGCAUUAAGAAAGUCGGAUUAGAGCCUGAUGAAACAACUUACCGUUCCAUGAUUGAAGGUUGGGGUAGAACUGACAAUUAUAAGGAAGCAUAUUGGUACUACAAAGAGCUCAAACGUUUGGGAUACAAGCCUAAUUCGUCUAACCUUUACACAUUAAUAAACCUGCAAGCCAAGCAUGAGGAUGAAGAUGGGGCCAUCAGAACUCUCGAUGAUAUGCAGAAGAUAGGAUGCCAAUAUUCAUCAAUCCUUGGUAUUCUUCUGCAAGCAUAUGAGAAGGCUGGAAGGAUUGAUAAAGUGCCUUUCCUUUUGAGAGGUGCUUUAUAUCAACAUGUUCUUGUCAGCCGGACUUCUUGUUCGAGUCUUGUCAUGUCUUAUGUGAAGCACGGCUUGGUGGAUGAUACUAUGGAAGUGUUGAGGGAAAAGCAGUGGAAGGAUCCACAUUUUGAAGAUAAUUUGUACCAUUUGUUAAUUUGCUCAUGUAAAGAGUUGGGUCAUCUUGAGAAUGCUGUGACAAUAUACAAUCAAAUGCCCAAACAUGAUGGCAAGCCAAACAUGCACAUCAUGUGCACAAUGAUUGACAUUUACAGCAUCAUGGAUCUCUUCUCUGAAGCGAAGAAAGUUUAUCUUGAGUUGGAAUCCUCAGGAAUCGUCUUGGACAUGAUUGCUUAUGGUAUUGCUGUAAGAAUGUAUGUCAAAGCUGGUUCUUUGGAAGAUGCCUGCUCUGUUCUGGACUUGAUGGAAAAACAGGAGGGCCUAAUUCCAGACAUCUAUAUGCUUCGUGAUAUGUUCCGUAUUUAUCAAAAAUGCGGCAGACUUGAUAAGUUGAAAGAACUGUACUAUCGAAUCUUGAAGACCAGAGUGACUUGGGAUCAGGAAAUGUACAACUGUGUCAUAAACUGCUGUUCUCGCGCUUUGCCAAUUGAUGAGAUCUCAGAGAUGUUUGAUCAGAUGCUUAAACGUGGGUUUGUACCUAAUACCAUAACCUUCAAUGUCAUGCUUGAUGUAUAUGGGAAAGCAAAGCUCUUAAAGAAGGCUAGGAAGUUGUUCUUGAUGGCCCAGAAAUGGGAUCUGGUAGAUACAAUCUCUUACAAUACUAUUAUAGCUGCGUAUGGGAGAAACAAAGACUUCAAGAGCAUGUCUUCAGCAGUACGAGAGAUGCAGUUAAAUGGAUUUUCAGUUUCCCUUGAAGCCUACAAUAGUAUGCUGGAUGCUUAUGGGAAAGAAAACCAAAUGGAGCAGUUUAGAAGCGUUUUGCAAAGAAUGAAGGAGACAAGCUGCGGUUCGGACCAUCACACCUACAACACUAUGAUCAAUAUCUAUGGAGAGCAAGGAUGGAUAGAUGAAGUUGCUGGGGUGCUGACUGAGUUGAAAGAAUGUGGACUGGGACCUGAUCUGUGCAGCUAUAACACAUUGAUCAAGGCAUAUGGAAUUGCAGGAAUGGUUGAAGAUGCUGUCUAUUUGCUCAAGGAAAUGAGAGAAAAUGGUGUAGAGCCCGAUAAGAUUACAUACAUCAAUCUGAUUGCUGCAUUACGAAAAAAUGAUGAAUAUUUGGAGGCGGUAAAGUGGUCCUUGUGGAUGAAGCAGAUGGGAUUGUAA